CGAAAUUACAAUAUGUUGGCCUUUAUAAAUAUAGUAUAGGCCUACAGUACUUGUAACACGGUAGAUCAGUGCAGAUUAUCCAGACCAGUGAAAAUACUGCGAAUAAUAGUUUUGUUAAGACGCUAUAACCUAAUAAUGUCUGAUGAGGGUGAGGCUAAACGUGAGCUGAGUGGUAAUGUUUCGAAUUGCAGGACUAUUUAUCUGUAUGUUCCAAAUAUCAUUGGUUACAUACGGAUAUUGUUGCUUGGAAUUUCAUCUCGUCUUCUGUACCUUGAUUGGUAUUUAGAAGGUACAUUUAUCUACAUUGUAUUCAUUGUUCUCGAUUACAUUGACGGAUAUUACGCACGCAAGCUGAACCAAUGUACCGUAUUUGGUGCAUUCUUUGAUACAAUGACAGAUGUUUUUGGGGAUACGAUGAUAUUAAUGCAUAUCGCAAUGCGAUAUCCGAGUUACUUUGACUUGAUACAGUUCCAAAUUUUCGUUCAUCUAAGUUGUGGUUUUUUGUCUACUAGGUAA